UGAACAUUCAAAUCAGAACAUCAUUUCCUCGGUUACUUCGAUCCAGUGCGCACGUACUUGUUCGGUUGAACAAGCAUUAAUCUUAUUAUAGUGAUUGUUUUGUAACAUUCUCGGUGCAUCCCGGAGUGAAUAUUCAAUUCAACAUCAGAUCAAUCAAGUGUCGUUAACGAUCACCAUUUUCCGGUGCUGAGUGUAGAAUAUCGUCCUUUGUGCAGUGCAAAGCGGUUAUUCAUACGAAAUCUAGAUCGAAUAAGCGUUCGCCAUCAAUCGGUGUAAUAAUGUGCAAUAAAAACAAGUGCAAUUCAUAGAAAAAUAUUAGCAUACAGCUUGAUCCCUUGGCAGGAAGUGUUCUAGGAGAAUGAAAAUUACUAUGCAAAAAGACGCCUUUAUUCUUGCGAUCAUCUUGGGGUGCUGUGCAAUUGCUGCUGGCAAAACACAGCACGAGCUUGAUAACGAUGAACUGUGGGAUCGUUUGCUGAAACGAAAACUACACGAAACCAAAACAAAUGUCCACGGUGAAGGCACCGAAGAAUCCGCUGAUGGAAUCGCCGAACCAAUGGCACUUCGUGGUGAUCAGCCUCCUCCGGACUACGACGGUGGGAAUGAUGCUGGAUUAAUCAGUACUAUCACCUACGACCACGCUGACAGUGAGCUCAUUGAUGCUGAUAGCGCGGAACUGGCCGAUGGGCAUGAUCAAUUGCUCACGCUCAAUGGAAACACACCGCCAAAGGUCGGCUUCUCACCGACCGACACUCCCCGCACCCCGGAUAGCGGCUGGACUGAAGCUUCCGAUGACGUCGAAACGCUUGCCGCGAUCGAUCCAGACCUCGUCAAUAACGAUGACGUGCUGGACGGAAGUGGCGAGGAUUUGCUUCCACAGGCUGAUGACCCAUUGCUGUUUGAUAAGGAAAUUGUGAACAUUCUGCGCAAGCGUCCCGAGUCACGCGAGAUUCUGGACCUGUUUGGACUGGUGGCUACAAAGCCCUCUAACAACAACACGGUCUCGAACGAUCCACAAGUGAUCAAGGAGCAGCUUAGAAACAUUCUAACGCUUCCUUUAGACAAGAGGAAAUAUUACCAACCACUUCCAGCAAUUUCUGAAGAAGAAGAACUGAAUCGUGCUGAACCCGCCUCACUUCUCGCUGACGGACGUAGUUUACCACGCUUAUCGAAUGUCCUACUGCCGGAUCUAAACCAAACGCUUAUCAAACAUCGCAACUCAUUGCUACCACCGAAGGAUGGACAGCGCAGUUUGGUGAUAGUGUUCGAUGCCACUGGAUCUAUGCUGGACGAUCUGCAACAGCUUCGAGAAGCCGCUAGAUUAAUAAUAGCCGAAAUCACACAGCGUGAUAGUAAUCCAAUCUUCAACUACAUAUUCGUUCCAUUCCGAGAUCCGCACGUUGGGCCUCGACUGGUAACACGUAACAAGGAUGAACUGCUGUUCGCUCUCGACAACCUGCAAAUCAUCGGUGGAGGCGAUUGUCCCGAGGCAGCACUGGAAGCAAUAUCCAGUGCCAUCGAAGCGGCAAUGCCAAACUCGUUCGUGUACGUAUUUACCGAUGCCACGGCCAAAGAUUUUCGGCUCGAUCAGCGCGUGAUGCAGCUGGUCCAGAAGAAACAAACUCCAAUCACAUUCCUGCUGACCGGUUUUUGCGAUGGGAAAUCUACCCCAGGCUACCAGGUGAUGAACAACAUUGCCGCCGCUAGUAAUGGGCAGGUAUUUGAUUUACGGAAGGAUCAAAUCGAGGAAGUGCUGCUAGCGAUACGCAGCACAAUGGAUAUCGAUCACGUGCCACUGAAAGCGAUCGAUUCCGCCCUUCCGAAGCAGCACGAUAUCGACCUCAACGUGGACAGUACGCUAAGAGAGUUCAGUGUAAGUGUUGCCGGUGUUAAACCAAUGAUCGAGAUACUCGAUCCACAGCACGAACCGUACAACAGAACACGCGACGUACUAAAUCUGGAAAACAUACGCGUGGUAAAUGUGGCCGAUCCGAGUCCUGGCAAGUGGAACAUUAAGGCGACGUCGAAUUCUUCACACUCUGUGCGACUUUCUGGCUUGAGUGAGGUACAGUUCAGGUUUGGAUUUUCGCUGCUCGAACCACAAGAUUCAGUUAGUCUCUCACAUCAGCCAGUUCUUAACAAGGCGAACUAUCUAGCAGCUGAGCCCACAGACCCGCAGCUUAUCAAGACACUUGAUUCCGUUACGAUUGCGUCCCACAAUGUCGGUACGCCAGGUGGUGCUAACUUUGAUUUUACAUUGCCACUCAAGCUGGUGCCUGGCACCGUUGCACUUUACCGUACCGAUGCAUUCGAUGCACCUCGCCAGCAGUUCAAACUCAACAUCAAUGGAAAGAAUGCCAACGGCGAAAUGAUUCAACGAUUGCUUUCGACGGCUAUGCAAGCGAUCGAGGAAACACCUCCCGAAGUAACCGUUGGCUAUGACCAAAUGUUGGAUCUGAUCGAAGCUGAUACGUUCAUGCUGGAUUGUCGCAUUCAGUCCCCUUUCGCGGUGUUAACCACCUGGACCAGGGGCAACAAAGAGUUGGUUGAGAAAACGUUCGAACAAUCGAAUAUACUAUCGCUACGCCUGGCUAACGUGUCCACUAUGGAUAGUGGAAAUUAUACUUGCUUUGCUAAAAACGAUAUCGGCGAAGAUAAUAAAUCGAUUUUCGUACGAGUUACCGCACUACAAAUGCCCACGAUGCGUCUACUGCCCAAGCAUACAGUCGCCAUUGAACGGGAACCCUUUAUUGCGCUUAGAUGUAUUCUGGAGCCCGCUGAUGGUACGGCAGAAAUUCAUUGGACACACAAUUGGGAGCCUCUAACAAUGGCUAGUGGGAAACCGUACCUGGAGCUUAUUAGUAUCGAUAAAACUCACGCCGGUAAUUACAGCUGUUAUGCGGAUAUCAAUGGUCAGCGUGUAUCGAGCGAGCAGAGCACGGUGGUGGUCGAAUAUGCUCCCAAGCUACUCUUUCCUAGUAUGGGACUGGUUAAAGAGUAUGGUACAGAAGUUACACUGAACUGUAUGAUCGAUGCCAUGCCUCUGCCGGAAUACCAUUGGUACUUUCAAACGCUAGAUCAAGCCGAUGAGCCAGAGGUGUACGAUUCGACCGACAGUUCCAUUAGCUUCGUGCUGACCCCAGAGAAAUCAGGAUUGUACGUGUGCGAAGGGAAAAAUGCGUACGGAUUUGGCAAACAAACCUUCGUCGUGGAAGGAGCUGCGAAUGUUGCCCCUGUCAUCAAGAAACCCGCCGAAACGACCAUAUACGUAGCUCCCGGUUCCUCGAUCACGCUCGACUGUGCCUGCGAACUUUGCCAACCGCUCAAUGAAUACAUCUGGACCAGCCAGCAGGGAACUUUCGAAAGCAGUCCGGAAGAAACGAUCGACAACAUUAGGGUGGUGCUUGAUAACGAUCAAUCCCGUAAUGCUGUACGGUAUCGGCUUACAAUUGAGGACUUUCGUCCACAAAACGUGGCUAGCUACACGUGCAUCUUUUCCAACAAACAUGGUGCCGAUGCUAUGAUCCUUCAGCUUCGCAUGAUGGUACCACCGGAAGUGGACACAAUGCUGGUUGAUGGUGAUACAGUGAUACCCGGCUCAAAGCUGUUCAAAAAGGCGGGACAAGCUCACGGACUGAGUUGUGAGGUAGUAGGACUUCCGGAACCCACUGUACAAUGGUUACUGAACGGAAAACUAAUCACAGCUGCCGAUGGCGAUCUUUUGCGAUUUGAAAAUGAUAACAAAACCAUUAUCUUCCGGGAACCCUUUGGAACAGCGAUGCAGGGUAGCUACGAAUGCGUAGCCAGUAAUCCUCUAGGGUACGUGUCCUCUACAGUGGAUCUUUUGGUAGGUGAAGCACCUAAAGCAUUGCCAGCAGCCAGGCAGACAGAAGCCAAGGUCGGCAACACAAUCCAGGUGCAAUGUACGAUCGAGGGAAACCCACAACCCACCAUCCAGUGGCAACCGAAAGCGGUGUUUGAGGAUCCUUCUUUGAGUGAUCAGAUACUACAUGUGUCUUACGAAACUGCUGGACUUUAUCGAUGUAUUGGAACGAACGAAUUUGGUACAGCUGAGCAAAGUUUAACGCUCAUGACGUACGGACCACCGGAAGUGAAGGGUCCUCUCGAUCUAUCGGUACAGCUCGGUGCCAAUCAAACCGUCCUGCUGGAAUGCAAUGGAUGGGGAAUUCCGGAACCAACAGUCCACUGGAAAUUUAAUGACACGGCACUCGUGCUAGCAUCAAACAUGCGGAUUUCGAACGAAGGACUUCAUAUUUCCAACAUUUCAUUUUCACAAAACGGUGUCUACAGUUGCGUGCUGGAGAAUGAGCAUGGCACGUUGCAAAAAAUUCACUACGUCACUGUGCGUGAUGCACCGAAAAUAACAUCCUCCCUAGAACCACAUGUCACCCUGCUUCCAAAUGAUACGGUUCGUUUUGAAUGCUCUGGAACAGGAAAUCCAUCACCUAAAUCAUUUUGGCUAUUCAACGGAACGGUAAUCCUCGAAGAACAAUUUCUUUAUAUUGCGUACGGUAAUGCAUCUAUCGGCACGUACACUUGCCUGUUGGAAAGUUCCGAAGGAACAGAUCGACAACACAUGUUCGUCAACGUGUUACGGCCACCGCAACGAGUAACCGGAAUGAACCAUACCGACAGCCUUACACCAUUAAAAGUACGCGCCGAUGAUCCAUUGGUACUUGUGUGUCCCUUCGAAAACUUUAACAGCCUUCUGUGGCAACUGAACGAACGCAAUCUGGAGGAGUACUUCGAUCUUACCGAUGUGAAGUUGAAGGAAAAUUUGCUCAUCAUUGAUCGUAUACGAUCGCGCCAUCAAGGAACGUACACGUGUGUGGUGAAGAAUCGUGCCGGAACCGAUCAGCAAUCGUUCGUGGUUGGUGUCUUAACGCCACCAACGAUCCAUCGUACACAUCCGGAAGAGUUGAGCGAUGAGUAUGGGAAUGUUGUCGAGGAUUGGAACAGUGGCUGGAUGACGGAUAGGCCGGUUGACAGUGCGGUGGAAGUGAAUCUCCUAUCCGGUGAAACGUUACAGCUGCUCUGCCAAGCAAGUGGAUCUCCCGAGCCUAACAUCUACUGGAAUCGUGGUGUCGACAGCGGGAGGGUCGUAUCUCAAACGUUCAAUCUUACCAUUCCGAAUGUGGCGUUCCAUCAUAGCGAUUUGUACACGUGUGUGGCAGAGAAUGAGCUGGGCAAAUCGACACAGGUCUAUCGGCUCGACGUAAUGACAUCGCCCCAGUUUUAUGACGACCCGGUACAGUCGAUCGAAGUGUUCGUAGGUGAUGAUGUUCAGCUGGACUGUGAGAUGCAGUCGAAUCCACCCGCUUCCUAUCAGUGGCUUAAAGAAGACAUUGCCCUUGAAGAGUUCAAUACGAUGCUGGAGUUUGUUAAUAUACAACCACAAGACACCGGAAUGUAUCAUUGCGAGGCAGAGAAUAUUUUCGGACACAACAAAAAAUCCUUUAAAGUGUUAGUCUACCAACCGGCGGAAAUAACAAUAUUUUCUUCCAAUCAAACGCUCCUGGCGGGAAACAACAUCGAGCUGGACUGUGAGGCAACGGGCAAUCCUAUUCCCGUGCUAAGCAUCAUCCAUCGGGGUGAGGUGUUGGCCUCUACUGCCGAUCUCGAAGCGUCCGCCAUGGAAAUCGAUCGUCAGUAUCGCGUUAAGAACAAUUUCUACAAAAGUCUCCAACUGUACAGCUUCUAUGCCGUGCGUUCUGCACCAUUCGAAAUUCGAUUCUCGUUGCGCCAACCGAAGGCUACACUGUUGGAUAAGGGCAAAUAUUUGUGCAUGGCACAAAAUGCAAUUGGAUUUGAUGAGCGUCUUGCACGGUUGGACGUCAUGGUAGCGCCGUACGUGCAGAUGGAAAAGCUCAAAACGGUCGAGCAAAGUAUUCGGCUGCUGGAAGGAUUACCGUUGUUUCUGUUUUGUCCGAUCGAAGGCACACCGAAGCCUACAAUCGGAUGGUAUCGAAAUGGUGUACGGCUGAAGAGCACCGUCAGCACUUUGUUCUUACCCUCGGUACAGUUACGCGAUGCCGGAUCUUACGUGUGCUAUGGGGAAAAUCCUGUCGGUAAGACGGAGCUCCAGUUUGAGCUAGAUGUGCUGGUGCCACCAUCGAUCAUAAACAGUGUGCUGUACGGGGAACACUAUCUGUCUGCGGAUCAACCGGAUCAGGAAGAUAUUUCCGUGCUGGCGGGUGAAACAGUGACACUGGACUGUUCCAGCCUGGGCCAUCCCGUACCGGUGGUACACUGGAUGAAGGUUGACUAUUUGGAUGAGCGUGCAAACGUGCUACUUCCCACGCAGGAACCGAUUAUCGAGCUGUACAACAUCAGCGAUACCGUCACGUACUCGUGCUUCGUCAACAAUACGGCCGGAUCGGCACAGAAACUCUUCCAUCUGGUUGUGCAAGCUGCACCGAGAUGGAAAUCCGGCGUGGAAUAUGAGUACGAACAGCGGGUGUCGCUUCACCACAGUCUGGAUUUGACCUGCGAAACUAACGGCUCGCCGGAAGCUUCCGUCAUCUGGAUUAAAGAUGGAUUGCAGCUGAGCAAACAUGAUGAAGGCUUUUUCUUCGGUGCUAAUGGACAAACGUUACGCCUGCUGGCGGCCAAGCUGACGGAUGCGGGUACCUUCCAGUGUGUGGCUAGUAAUGCACUCGGUCAGAUUAGUAGAGAGUUCCACGUCACGAUUGAUGUUCCAGUUAGUUGGUCACCUUGGGGUGCUUGGUCAGCAUGUAGCGCCACCUGUGGCAGUGGUACACAUUUCCGAUCCCGCAUCUGUCUACUGAUCAACGGAUCUCCCGCUCAUGGUGAUCAGUUCAACUGUGUCGGCGAGAACGUGGAGAUCAAACCCUGUGAACUACUGCCAUGUCCCGUGAACGGUGGUUGGGGUAAAUGGAGCAACUGGAGCAACUGUACACUUGAGUGUGUGUCCGAGUACAGCGGAGUCCGAUCGAUUCGUCAUCGAAGCCGUGCCUGUGAUUCACCGGUACCAUCGCUCGGCGGUAAACUGUGCAUUGGCGAAGAGUACGAAGAGGAACCAUGCCACGUCAAGUACUGUCCGAUCGAUGGGGGCUGGACGGCCUGGUCUAACUGGACGGGAUGUAGUGAGUCCUGUGGAUUUGGACGCAGUUUGCGAUUGAGGAGCUGUUCCAAUCCCGUACCACGUCAUGGAGGUCUUCCGUGCGAGGGCGCAGAGAGCGAAGUGAAAGCGUGCAAGCUGCAAGAAUGUCACGUAGACGGUGGCUGGUCCGAAUGGUCUCGAUGGUCACAGUGUAGCAAAUCGUGCGGCAAAGGCAUUAAAAGCCGCAAACGGUUCUGUAACAACCCGGCCCCGAAAGCUGGCGGAAAGCCUUGCGCAGGAGAAAACAUAGAGCACAGCCAAUGCAGCAUAAGACAAUGCCGCAAUGAUGCACUCUUGAGGACGGGUAAUACGAAGAAAAAUUUCACACCUUUACUGACCUACGAAACACAGUAUGCAGCCAAUCCGGGUCCCUUAACGUCGAAUGAUUUCGACAGUUCUGAGUACGAGGAUCGGGAUUCGGAACGUGAUCAAAAUGUGAAAGUUUUUCACAACUAUCAGUUCGCCGAAGCGCCUCCAGUGGAGUACGUGGACAUUCCGGAGUCCGAUCCCAAUCCCGGCACGCUAAGCAUUACGGUGAAGAUGAUGAACUCGGUGCGUCUUUCGAAUGAUACGACCGAUUUUAGCUUAAACUUUGGCAACCCAUCUAUCGCCUUACAGCCAACUAUAAGCUGCUUGGAAGGGUUCGUCUACAAUGCAUCGCUCGGUGGUUGCAGCGAUGUGGACGAAUGUGCCAACGGGAUGUGUAGGCAGGUUGGACAGCUCUGUAUUAAUACGGUGGGCAGUUUCGAGUGUGACUGCAUCCAAGGUUAUCGCCCGUUGGUUUACGAAACCGACCAGUACGAUGGUUCCAUCGUACAGGAAAUGCAGUGCGUAGAUAUCAACGAAUGCCGAGAUAAAACGGACGAAUGUUCACACUACUGUACAAACGUUCCCGGUAGCUAUGAGUGUUUCUGUCCCGAUCGGUACCUUCUGGCGAAGGAUGGCAAAACGUGUACGAUCAAGCGGAAGCGUAACGAACCGGUACGCAUGGUGCCACGCUGUCUGGAAGGUUACCAGUGGGAAGAUGGCCACUGUCAAGACAUUGACGAGUGUGCCCUUCAAGCGGAUGAAUGUGGUGACAGUUUUUCCUGCAUUAAUACCCGGGGUGGGUACAUAUGUGUACCGGCCGACUGUCCACCAGAGUAUGAGCUAGACGGUCAGGAGGAAAUGUGUGUGCUGAACUGCACCCAUGGGCGGCAUCUUUGUGCGGAUGGUGCCUCCCUUGGGCAAACCUUUUCACACACCAUCAUCACGCUAGAUCGCUUCCUGCCAAGACAAUCGCUUGCUGUUGUAUCCAUACCAGCGGCACAGCAUGCGAUCGAUUUUGAAACUAAAUUCUUUUUCCGUGAUCGGCGGUAUGGGCACAUUUUCUCGAUGGAAACCAUGCGCAAAACAUCGGGAGCGGUACGUUUGUACGCUAAUCGAAAGUUGCAACGUGGUACGCUGUAUAAGCUAAAUCUGGUGGCCAAAUCAUUCCGAAGACGGCGUCUAGAGUUUGUGCACAGUUUUGUAGUUCACGUAUACUGGAUGGAAUAGCAGAAGGGCGUACGAUCGUACAACAAGCCAAACAACGAACAGAAGGUACUCAUUGAACAGUACACGGAUAAAGUGGAUGAAACAUUAAUUUAAAUUCAUUAUCAUUUGAUUAAGGGAAGGUACGUUACUACUUGCGUAGUACUAGUAGCAGUAGUAGAAUAUCAAAAAAAAGGGCCUAACAUAGGGUUAUUCCUAGAGGUAGAAUUAGAAUAAACAGAGCAACGCGGCAAUAGUUUUAGCGUAGGAAAAUUUAUUUUAAGAUACUUUCUGUCAAACUGCAACUAAACUGAAAAUGAAAUGUUCAACUAUAACUAACUCCCAUAGUUUCGGACCGACGCGGACCGAGUAGUAGUAGUAGUAGUAGUAGUAGUUUCGCUUGACUACCGUCUUUUCUAACAGCUUUCGUUUUCGCAAUAGAAAAUAUAAAUAAAUAUAUUCAAUCUGUCCAAUGUUUGGAUAGUUUACAGUA